AAUAAUAGCAUCGAAUUACAUUUUACUUAAGGAAUUAUCUACGCUCCAAUAGUAACAACAAAUCUGAUACGCACAAAUACUCACGUAGAUGAGAUAAGUGGGUUAAUUUGCUCGUGGUUGAAAUUAAAAUUAGGUUCAAGGGCUCAAAUAAGAAAAAAAUGUGGCAGGGAUUUUUGAUUUGUUAAAAAAGUAUCUCGUCACCCUGUGUUAUUUAGUGUAUUUUGAUCAAUUUUAGUGUAUUUGUUGUCGGUGUGACAGGAUACAAACGUCAAAAAGUUAAUUAAUUAUCAACAACAGAGAAUACAACAAACUCGCCGCCGAAAUCGGGAAGUAAUGGUAUAAGAAAUCGCCGGCCCCCAGGUAAACUAAAUGCGAAAGAAAAAAACUUACCGCGGCAUGACUCACCAGACGGUUUCUAUACCGCUAUUAACCUUUUUUUAACCACCUUUUUGUGUUUAUUGUGAAAAAACUGGAGCAGAUGUGCCUUAGGUAUCCUUUGGUGACAAGAUGAAGAGAAUAAUAUUAAAGUCAUAACAUUAAUAAGUUAUUAAUAAUGGAUGAACGAAGAGUAGCUGAUUACUUUGUUAUUGCGGGCCUCCCCGAUGAUCCUGAAUUAUUGGAUGACAGUAUACUUUCAGAGUCUGGUAAUUUAAAAGAUGGACAUAAUAAGGCACCUAUUACUGACAUUGGGAUCAUUUUCCCCACAUUGGGAGAAACUGUACCUGAAAAUUAUGAAAUUAUCGAAUAUACACCAACGGGUCUAAGUGCAGAUUUAAAUCAUGGAAGUUUAAGAAGUACAGAGUGUUAUGUAUGUUUUCGUAGAGGAAGGGAUAAACCACCUUUAGUCGAUAUAGGUGUAAUGUAUGAAGGGAAAGAAUUUUUAAUGUCAGAUGCCUCAGUUGUUAAAGAAAGCGUAGGAAAUCGUGUAGCAAAUGUAAACAACUCAACAGCAAAUACUUUUAUAACAUACAGAAGGGGUCACGAAACUAUGCCCUGUAAUGCACUUGUUGUAACAGAUAUUUGUGUAGUUAUAGCAAGUAAAGGAGAAUCACCACCGCACGCUUUUUGCUGUAUCAACAAAAAUUUAAACAAAGGAAUUGUCGGAAGUAAUGUAUAUUUGUGUUAUAAAAAAUCUAUGAACCGAGCCACUCUUAUAACAUAUAAACCUGACGUUUUAAGCAGAUAUCCGAUGAUGGAUUUACCUCAUUUUCCUUUUCCCGAAUCCGUUCCACUUUUCUGCCUUCCAAUGGGCGCGAGUCUUGAAUUGUGGCCAAAAAAGGCGUCCCAACCAAAACCCGUCUAUAGCACGUUCGUUUUAACAGUUUCUGAUGCUAAACACAAAGUGUAUGGAUCUGCUUUGACUUUUUAUGAAAAGUUUCCUGAAAAUCGACUCAGUAAUGAACAAAAAGAUUUAUUAAAGUUCAAUGAACAUUUAGAACACGAUGUACAUGUUAUUAAAAGUAUUUGUUUGUUGUCUCAUUGGCCAUUUUCUUAUACAUUUGAAAAAUGGCUCUUAUUUUUAUAUGGUUUAGCAUCAAGUGAUAAACCACAACCGGUCCCAAUAGAAAGAUUUAUUCUCCAACUACUUGAUGAAGUACCAUUUCCUGGUUCAAGAAUGUUGCUUCAAUUGACGCCAGAUCAAAAAGAUAGAACAAUAAUGACUCAACCGGAAGAUUUACCUUUACCGAGAAGCUCAGCUGGUUUUCGACACUUAUUAUUAAAUUUGGGUUCAGAAAAUUGUCUCACAGUUCUUUUAUUAGCUUUAACGGAGCAAAAAAUUUUAAUUCAUUCCUUAAGACCUGAUACAUUAACAGCUGUUGCUGAAGCUGUGUCUUCAUUGUUAUUUCCAUUUAAAUGGCAAUGUCCGUACAUUCCACUUUGUCCGUUAGGUUUGGUUGAAGUUCUUCACGCUCCAUUACCAUUUUUAAUUGGAGUUGACUCAAGAUUUUUUGAUUUAUACGAUCCGCCAGCGGAUGUGAGUUGUGUUGAUUUAGAUACGAAUAUAAUCACAGUUUGUGAAACGCAUCGUUCUUUGUUAACCAUAAAAUUAUUACCGAAAAAAGCAGCGAGAAUUUUAAAAAAUACCCUCGACCAAUUACACAAACAAUUAAGUAAACAAAACGUGUCAAGUGUUCAUUCGGAUCAAGUUGAUGAUGUUGAAAUGGAGUUUCGAAAACGUCGCUCAGAUCAAAUGCAAGAACUUGAAAUUCAAGAAGCUUUUUUACGAUUUAUGGCACACACUUUAAAGGGUUAUAGAUCGUUUCUUUUACCGAUUACGAAAGCUCCCACCGUUGGAACAACCGAUCCUCAAGCUUUAUUUCAAUUGAAUGAGUUUUUAAAAUCACGUGAUAAAGCUCAUCAUAAAUUUUUCACUCAUUUAAUGCACACUCAAAUGUUUAUCCGAUUUAUAGAAGAACGUAGUUUUGUGGCAGAUGGUGAUCAAGGAUUAACGUUUUUCGAUGAAUGUACGGAAAAGUUAAAUUAUUACGAAGAUUCCGAUGUAAAACUAAUCGAAUAUGAUAUCACAAAUAGGAGUGAAAGAACCGUAUUUUUACUUCCCCCUGAACCUCUAACAACCGUAGGCUCCUUUAUUUAUAACGAAUUUAGUUUAGAUCCGAAUUUAUUAUUAAGCAAAAAACACAAUCAUAUAAAAUCACUUUGUCAAAAUAAUACACCUGGAUCGCCGAUGGCGCGAAGAACUAAACACGAAAUUAAAUCAGCACAAAAAUUGGCGAGGAAAUGUAUACGAUCGCCCAAACUUUGGGUUCGAUGUCUUAGCGGAACUUGUCACACACUUUAUUUUAUGGCUUUACCCAGUAUGUUAUCAUUAAACGUCGGAAAAGAGCGCACGAUUCUUCAACAAUCUUACGAAUUAUUAGUAAGAGCCACUAAUCAAAAAUUAACAUGCGAUGAAGUUUGCUACAGAUUAAUGAUGCAACUUUGCGGCGAAUUUUCCCGUCCUUUAUUGGCUGUGAAGCUUUUACUUCUCAUGGAACGCAAUGGUAUUCAACCCAACGCCUUAACAUAUGGAUUUUAUAAUCGCUGUGUUCUUGAAGCUGAAUGGCCAGCUCAAUCAAGUCCGAGUCAACUCCUUUGGAAUAAACUUCGUUACGUCGUUUUAGCAGCAGGUCAUUUUCGAUUUGCAGGAAGACGAAGAGCUGCCGGGAAAUUAUCAGCGUCAACAGAAGGAAAUUCAAACCUGCUCGAUAUAACUGAUAGAGCAGCAUCUCGUUCGAGUUUAGAUUCGCACGAAGCGACACCUUCCGAAGGAUUUUUCGAAAAGUUUCGUCACCAAAUUGUAAAUAUCGUAAAAGGGAAUGUAACGAUUGAAGCCGAUUCUUCCGAGGUGGACUCCGCUGUGGUGAAUCACAGUGUUUUGGAGCAAGAAGAUGAUUUGGAGAAUGUACCGGAAGAAGAAGAAGAAGAAACGAUAAAAUUGGUUCAACCAGAAAGUCCGUCGGAGUAUUUACGCAUGUUAUCGCGAUCGGAAAGCGCGGGAGAUGCUAAUAUUAUUGAUAAACUCCAGCAGAAUACGAAAAAAAAUUGUGCUAGGGUUUUACAAUUUAACGGAGAAGGGGAUCAAAAUUGUGAUGAUUUAAAAGAGUCCCCAACAAAAACUUCUCCAAGAACUGUCGUAACUGAAAAUGAUCCUUUGGGCGCUUUGGAUAAACCCGAAAUUGAAGAAGAACCUCCAGUUAAUAUCGAAUCAUCUCCUAUUAGUUACUCAAACCCCCCACCAUCGGAUGAUCCCGUUUUAUUCCGAAACUCAGUUCAACGAUCAGCUACUUUUGAGGGAUCUCCUCCUACCCAAAAUAAAUUACAACGAUCAGAAACGAUUCCCUCAGCUAUGGUUACAUCUGGUUUUGCAAGUAUUGGAUCAAGUAUAAAAAUGUUGAGCCGCUAUUCAACCGCAAGGCUGUCACUGCGAAAGGCAAAUUUGAAGUCCACGCACCAAUUCAUAGAGGCCGCCAUUAAUAAUUUAAGUCCAAGUAAUUUAACUGGGAAAAAAUCAAACGAACUUAUCCAAGGGGGAAUUAGUAGUUUAAAAAGUGCGGCAAAUACGGUUGUUAAAAAAUUAGAAGAAAUUAAAGAAACAAUUUCGACAUCGACUACAAACACGCCGGUUAAAAUGCUUGCGGGUGAACGAACUGGUUGCGUUGAUGUUGGAGAAGGUGAAAAUGAAUCAACCGAUGGAAGUGAAGGUGGUGAACGCCAUCGGAGGAUUUCCGCUGAGUUUGGAAGUUAUCGCGGAAGUUAUGCGAAUUUAAAAGACUUUGAUGAUUUACCUGAGAGUUUAUUUAACGUUCCGAAUGACUCACAAGCAGAUAGUGAGAUGGACAUUGUGUUAACAUCAUGUUGCCAAUGUCACAAUUGCUUAUCGUUCCUUUAUGAUGAAGACAUAAUGACCUGUUGGUCAGCAGACGAUUCCAAUCUAAACACAAUCUGCCCAUCAUGUUCAAAACAAACGGUGCCCCUUUUAACAAUUAACAUUUCACAAAGAGAAACAGGUUUAAGUGAACCUUUUAGCGUGCCCUACUUAAAUCCAUUGGUGCUGCGUAAAGAAUUGGAAAAUGUUUUAGCACGCGAAGGCGAUUUGAGUUUAUCUGACGCGAGGUUUGUUGAAGAACAUCCGAUUAUUUAUUGGAAUUUAGUAUGGGUGUUUGAAAGGAUUAAUGUACAGAGCCAUUUACCCAAUUUGUGUUUAAAAAAUCGGGCGAAUACUCGAGCUACGAGUAAUAAUUUUGAUAGGAGCAGCGAAAAUUCCGAAAAAGUUAGUAAUGAUAGCGGGCAUGAAAUUGAAGAUCUUGGAGGAAUGCAACCAGUUGAGGAAGGAGCGGAUCCCCUUACACAAGAAUUAGCUUCAGUUGCUGCUUGUAAGGAAGAGCAACAUUUAGUAGCUCCUGUGACUGUGAAAUGUAUGUGGGACCAUCCAAAGUUAUAUGGGGACUUCACACCAAUGUACACACUUUAUCAUAAAAGAGCAGCCCUUAUUAACAGUGGAAUCCCAGAACAAACUCACAUUAAUUGGAUGAUGAAAACAAUAAUUGAUUCAGUUCAUUGCAAUGAACUUUUAGACCCCCUAAAGAAAUUGGCUAUUGAAAGAAAUAAGAAAAAAUCGCCUCGUAUUCACGAAGAAUCAACUCCAAUUCAUUACAUUUCAGCGUCGAUUUACCGCGAUAUUUUAUUUUUGACGUGUAAAGCGGUUGGUCGUGCAAAUAUGGACUUAAACGCGUUUGAUAAAGAGUACGCAGUGGCGUAUUCGCGACUACCCGAGAAACAUAAGGGUCUUUAUGGGCCUCUUGAUGCUCCGUUGACAAUCGGGGCGAUAUAUUGUAGGCAAUAUUUCAAACCACUAAGUCUACCGUAAGUUUUUAACGUUGAAAAAGUGAAAUGAAAAAGACAUGACGUUGAACAAAUAAUGAUAAAAAUUAAAAAUAUCUCGAGGCCUUGUUUUAAUUUUAUUGUUAAUUAACUGCUUAAUUAUUAAU